UGAACACAAAAGCUACUGCCUGUGGCUGUGGUCCUCACACUCUCUAGACAGCGCAGUGAAUAAACAGCUAAGAACUGCUGACACCCAUGGAGCCCAAGACCAUUAGAGAGGGGUACCUAGUCAAAAAGGGUACUGUACUAAAUUCAUGGAAGGUGGUAUGGGUGGUAUUAGCAGAUGAUGGAAUAGAGUUUUACAAGAAGAAGACAGACAGCAGUCCAAAGGGGAUGAUUCCAUUAAAAGGAGCCAUACUGACCAACCCCUGCCAGGACUUCAGCAAAAGAAUGUUUGUGUUCAAGCUGAGCAUAGCAAAGAAUCAGGACCAUUUCUUCCAAGCCACUCACCUGGAGGAAAGAGAACUCUGGAUAAAAGACAUCAAAAGAGCCAUAAAGUGUUUGCAGGGAGGCAAGAAGUUUGCAAGGAAAUCUACCCGGAGGUCUAUUCGAUUGCCUGAAACCAUUAACCUAAGUGAGCUGUACUUUCUGAUGAAAGACCAAGAUGCAGGAAUUAAAGAGAUGAAGCUGGAAAAGGAUAAGAAGGUCUUCAACCACUGCUUCACUGGGAACAAUGUGAUCGACUGGCUGGUGUCUCAGGGGAAGGUGAGGAAUCGGACAGAGGGCCUGAUGGUGGCCGCAGGACUCCUGAAUGAGGGAUUCCUGCAGCCAGCCGGGGAGCUGUCGCAAGCUGGCGCAGAGAACAGCUCAGACCUGACACUCCUGGACCAGCCUGAUGCAUUUUACUACUUUGCUGAUAGUGGCUUCUACUGUGAAGGCUACUCCAGUGAUGAUGAUGUCAUUGUGAAGGAAGAGUUCAGAGGGGCCAAAGUCAAACAAGGCUGCCUCCUUAAACAGGGUCACCUUCGAAAAAACUGGAAGGUGAGAAAUUUUAUCCUAAGGGAUGAUCCUGCAUACCUCCACUACUACGACCCCACAAAGGGUGAGGAGGACCCUCUUGGUUCAAUUCACUUGCAUGGAUCAGUAGUGACUGCAGUGGAUUAUGUGCCAGAUGCUAAACGACAUGACGUGGAAGGAAAUCUUUUUGAGAUCAUCACUUCAGAUGAGAUACACUACUACCUGCAGGCCGCUACAGCUGAAGAAUGCAAUGAAUGGAUCAAAGCGAUCCAAGCAGUAGCAAAGUCUGGGAAAUAAGUGUAAAAACCUCUGAAUGUGGCAUGAACUAUCCUAACAAAGAAAAUAAUAAUUGUUUUGAGGACUCAUGUAACACAGAAUCAGAUUUUAAUAAUAUACACAUAAAAACAUAAUAUUAAAUACAGUUAAAUGGAGUGAAAGAGGAGCAGUGUAUAAGAUAUUUGUGUCUCUUAACCACAGUAACAUUUAUGACACAUUGUUAAAACAUACAAUAGGCCUCUUAAGCCUCUAAGAGUGGAAAAACGUUGAAAUCUUCUCAGUCCUGCAAUUUCCUCUUUCUGUUGUUACACACAUCACUUCCUGUCAGUCUUCCUGCCACUCUGUGGUUAUGCAUUAAUCUGUUGCCAGAAUAUGUCUCUUUGGUCAGUGCCUGAUGAUAAGACUGCUAGAUAUGUAUAUCAUUUUUUGCCUUACCUUAUCAAAUUCCAAAAAAUGGGACUAUUAUAUGAAAUUCUAAAACGGUAGUGGACAAACCAAAGAACAAGUGUUCACUUUUUUAUUUGAAUUGAUAAGCAUUUGACUAUUCAGUUUCUAUUUUUCACGGUUUAUCAUCACUUCUCCCUUUGUGACUAAAUACAUACUGACAGUAUUGAUGUAUACACUAUAUCAAAAUCUGAAGCCAUAUUAUCACUUGCUGGAAAAGCUGCUUAAAUUAGUUACAUGAAAAUUGGUUCAAAGACAUAUUUCAGAUAAAAAAACAUCUUGGUGGAAAUGAACAGGAGAUGUAUGUUUGCCUACUUUAACUAGGCAUGUUUAUUUAUUUAGCACUUUUUAAGCACAGUGGCCAUUCAGGAUACUUAAAGAGCCUCAAGUUAUAAUAAGUUAACUAAUUAGAUAAGAAUACAUAUUGGAAAGCCAACAACACUGAAAGAGGACUAAUUGAGGGAUUUUUACCUAAGAAUUUUGUUUAAAAGAAAAGUUCUUAAUGAAAAUCCUAACUCAUUUGUAGGGUACAAACCUUGAGCAUUUAGCAGAUAGGAAAUUAUUACCUCACUGUGUUACACAACUAUUAAUGUGGACUUAAAAGACUAUCAUCACAAUGUCAAUUUCCUUUUAAAAUUGGCUUUUCUACCAGAACAAGCAUAAUCAAUUCUAUUAAAAUAGUAGCCUUGUUUGUAUGUAAACCUAUUAGGCUAAACCAAGUAUUUGGCACAAAAUCACUAAAAUGAUUUAAAAUUACACCAAAAAAGUAUUUUUUUAAAUAGUUUUUUAUUACUUUUAUUAUGCAUCAGCAGCCCAUCCUCUGUUUCAGUGUAAUAUGUGUUUUCAUGCUUACAUCCUCAAAAUUGUUAGUGUAUAUUUCCUCAUGGUCUACAUUAGUCCUAAAGAAGGUAGAUUCUCUGGGAUUCAUUUUUCUUUCACCAUGCCUUCAGAUGUCUUCCGUCUGAUUUUAUCUUUUGAGUCAAUAUAAUGGUUGCUAGGCCCUGAGAAAGACUCACCUUGACUCACCUCACCUGAGACUCACCUUGGGUUGAGUCAUUUUCUCAUUUAACUUUUGCAUCAUUACUCACAUGCUCUCACUUUUUCUGGUAAAGAACCGGAACAGGAUGCACCGAGGGGCACUUUUGUAUUAAUAACUGAUGCACUUUCUCCUGGUCCUUUCUUUCAGGUAGUUCAAAUUUCUUCAUAACUAUGACUGGCCAAAUGUGAUUGUUAUAUGUGUGGUAAUGUUAUUAGUGCUCAUUCACUAUCACAUUAGUUCCUCCUUCACAUACUUUUUUUUUUUUUAUCUGAACAGUGUCAUGAAAUUAUUGUGAAUUUACAUGACUAAUACCAUGGUGUCAUUAUAAGGAAGUCACUUUACUACUGCAAUGUUCCCAACACAAGGGGGCAAUAUUUGUCAGAUUUUGCAUUUGUGCAGCACAAUGAACUGGGGGGAUGGAAGGUUUAGUUAAUGCUCCCAGCAAAUAUGCUUGGCUAGUCAUGUUUUGAGUACUGUAAUAUGAUUAACCUGUUUUUAAUAUCGCAAUGUUUUGAUAAACUCUACAAAAGAUCAUGCUGUAGUAGAUCAUUAGAGCAUCUUAAAAUCAUUUGCAAAUAAUUGUUUUACUCUCAUUAGUUAUUAUAGAAUUAUUAUAGUUAUUAUAGAAAAUUAAUUAUGGUGUAGUAACUGGAUGUUAAAACAACUUUGAAGCAUACAGUGUUGUCAGUGCUGUAGAAACUAAGAAAUCUAAUUUUAAGCUAGUUUCAUUUCACAAUUAAUUUUGUACAGUUCAUGAGUUAGGAUCAUCCCUGCUAACAUCAGUAGAUAUGAAAUAUAUUGCAUGGUAAGAAAUUUCAUAUAUUGGUGAGCACUUUAUUUUGGUUCAUAAGGUAAAUCUGGUUUGUAACUCAGUAAAAUAGCAUGGCAGAAUUAAGGGGGGAUGUUAUUGAGUGAGACAUGAUCAAAUGUCUUUGAAUCAUGAACUUAAACCAGCCUCAUGUAGAACAAUUUUGAAGUUCAUCAGCCUUUAGUGGGACUUCUCCCACUGGUAAAGAGCCAUGAACAGCUUUACUUGGCACUUAAUCCAAACUUAAUGUCGAAUAUAUUAUUUCGGUUUGUCAUGGCAUAUUCAUUACUACAAUUUUCCCCCAAUAUUCCAUUACAAAUUUUUUUGUCCAGUUGAUCCUACCCACAGAGAGUUGUAACAUCUAGAAAUUAAACUUUAGAGGCAAGCAGAAUUUACAAGAACAGUGCAAUGGCCAAGUAUACCUGCUGACAACUAUACCUGACUUUACCUGCUAUGAAUAUCCUGUUGACUUCCCAAAAUAUUUCUUAACUGCUAACAAUACAUUUUGAAAUUCAUGCACUGACUUUAGUAAACACUCCAUGCAGACCAUAAUAUACAACUGUCUGAUUCUACUUUUUGUGUCAUUAGAAAUAUUUCCGCUUGUGAGCUUUUGUUACAAUGUCCAGGAAACAGGUUAUUUGACUCUUUUACUAAAAUUAAGGUUGCCAUUUCUGGCUGUGCAAUUUCACUGAAUAAUGACUCCAUUAUUGUACAGCAUUUUACCCAGUGAUGCAUUUUGUUCAAAGGUACUUCAGCAGCAAAAUAAAGAAAAAAAAGUCUGCCCAGGAGGGGAGGACAUCUUGUUAAUUUAAAAAGACCUCCCUGCAGUUUUCCAGUUCUUGCAUCCAGCAAAUAAUCAUCUCAUCAUCUCUUUCUAGUUUAAUCAAGGUUCCAGUGAUUAUGCCAUUUUAAAAUGGAUAAGCUUGAAAUUGCACAGUCACAGUAAUGCACUAUUUUAUCAGGCUCUGAUGCA